AUGCCAGACUUGUUUGACAAUAUCUUUUCAAGAGUCCAUGCCAAGUUUAAUGGCGGUCACACAAAACCACGUUAUGAUGGUGGCUCUCAAGUUAACUCUGGAAAGUUUUACAGUUACCAUAGCACACCUAACAACAAUAACUACUGGUUGCCCAGAAACGCUGUUAAGGAGGAACAGAUGAGGAAAGGUAGUGUCUCUUCAGAGCAAGGUGACAUGACCAUGAUGGGAGGUGGCGCAGUUAGUGGUUCUCUUGAUUCUGCUGAUGACAAGCAACCUUUUGUAGGUCAGAAAGUUGGCGCUUUUGACAAGGACUCCAUGCCUAUUGUUGACGACUCGCAGUUGAACAGAUCGAGGUUCAACAGUGUUGCUUCAGAAGAGUAG